GCAAGUGCUCAAAGGUUUCCGGCAAGGAAAGAGCAUCUUCAAAAUGAAGAUUUCUUUUGGUGUAAAAUCCCCCAUGGUCGUUCACCUGAUUUAAUUUUACGUAAAUUGUCGAUCGGAAAACAAGAUUUAAAUAAUGUUUUUCUUGAUCAAUCUGAUGUUUGUAUACCUAACUGUCAGCCAUGUCAAUACAGAUGCUGCAAGAGGCAGGAAAUGUUACUUUUCAUCAAAAUGUCUUUGUUUCUCAUUAUUACCAACACCAUACUACAACGCAGUAUGUUCCCAUUCACUGUUACAUGCCAUUCCAGUCUUCAAAGAUAACAUACAUAGCAUCGAUUUAAGCUACAAUCUUAUACAAAGAAUACAAAACAGACAUUUUAGUUACAAUGGCAAUCUAAAGGAAUUAAAUCUGUCACACAACAAGAUUAAAACAUUGUCAAAGUUCUCUUUUCAUGGACUGCGUAAAUUGUCAAAGCUGAUCGUAAGCCAAAAUGAAAUAGACAGUGUAGAAACUUACACAUUUUUCUAUUUACAGUCUUUGACAUAUUUAGACGCGAAACAAACUAAUAUCAAUGUUUCAACUCUGCAAUCUCUUCAUUUUCUCAAAACAUUAAGAAUGGACUUUAUACUAAAUGGGAGUGACAGUUUUUCAUUUCGACUUUUGCAUUUAACACAUCUUGACUUGUCAGGAACGUCGGGUAGAUGUGAAGCUAGAACAUUGACCGAGGAUGUGUUUAAAUUUAUUCCUAUCAUAGAGGAUCUCAAUCUUUCCGCGUGUAAAAUCAAUCGGAUCUAUAAGGGAACUUUUCGAUUCAUGAAGCAUCUUUCAAUAUUGGACUUGUCCUAUAAUCCUUGCCUUAAAUUUUCAGCGGCUGAAAAUGUAACCAAAGAUUUGCCAUACACCUCUAUCAAGAUUUUAAAGUUGAAUAAAAUUCAUAAAACAUUUGAGAUGAAUACGAUGAUCAAACGUUCACAUGUUAGACACCUGAGGAAAACAAAUCUUACAGAAAUACACAUUGAUAGUAAUAGGAUACAAAAAGUGCAGAAAGGGGUAUUACUUUUUCUACCGAGUUCAAUUCGAACUAUAUCCAUGUCUGAUAAUGAAUUUUCAUUCGGCGAUUACCUUUCGGAAAUCAUGGUUGUACCAGUUGAACAUGUAAACAUUUCCGAAUUGUUCAAAUCUCACCUUCCUAUAAGCCAAGAGGAACGAUGCUACCUCCGAAAUGAAAGUAAUUUUCCGGAAGAGGAAGUCGAAAAACACAUUUCGUCAUUACAACCAAAUUUUGUUCCUUUUCCACACAUGCUUAAAUCAUUUGUCUACAGAAAAUGUUUGAUUCGAUACCAAAUACCACCAAUGAAUUUGUCGGCAAACACGAUCGAGUAUCUGGAUGGUCAUCAAAAUAUGUUCUACUCUUUGAUAGGUCCAUUGUGUCCCCUAGAUCAUGUGACAUAUGUGGAUCUGUCUGAUAAUAUGAGUUCUAAUGUAUCAAAAGUGUUCUUUCAGUGUAUUUCUAAUUUACAGAUACUGCGAUUACAAAAUAAUCUUUUAGGAUUUGUUCUGCCUGAUGAUGUUAACGGUGAAAUAUUACAACAUGUUCCACAACUUAGAGAAAUUAACCUAUCAGAAAAUAGAAUACCGACAUUACCAUAUCACUUUUUUAAGUCACAAGUUUUAGUUCGACGUUUAUACUUAGAUGGUAAUUUGUUGGAUUAUCUUAUAUUCAAGAUUGACCACAUGAAGGACCUAUAUUUUCUAGGUCUAUCUAACAACCGAUUUUCGUAUUUGGAUGAAACAGCAAGGGCUCAGUUAGAAACUGUAUAUAAGAAUAACAAAAAUGUAAGCAUUGAUAUUAGUGGGAAUCCGCUAAAGUGUACGUGUGAUACCAAAGAUUUUAUACAAUGGAUGGGAAACACGAAGAUUCUUUUUAACAACCUGCAUUUCUACACGUGCAGAUUAUCAACCGAUAAAAAGCAAAACUUAAAUAAUCCAAAGCGUUUAUAUGAAGUUUUGCAAAAAGAAUGUGCCUCUUACACGUCCUUAGUUAUAGGAUUAAUAUCAUUGGUUUUUUUGUUUGUUUCCAUACUGACUUUUGGGUUAGUGUACAGACACAGAUGGAAAAUUCGAUAUAUGUACUACAUGGUUAAAAUAAGAUAUUUUGAAACUAAGCGAAAGACUAACGAGAAGAAGAUAUACACAUAUGAUGCUUUUGUUUCAUACGAAAAUAAUGAUCGAUCAUUUGUCCAUGGACAACUUCUUCGAAAACUGGAGAACGAUGCAGGAUUAAAAUUAUGCAUUCAUCAAAGAGAUUUUCUCCCUGGACAUGACAUUGCAGAAAAUAUAACUUCUGCUAUUCACGACAGUCGUAAAAUUGUCGUCCUAAUGUCACAAAACUAUUUAGAUUCAUAUUGGUGUAUGUUCGAAUAUAACAUGGCAAGAGUCGAAAGUAUUUAUUCUAGAAACAAAGAAAACAUUUUAUUCCUAGUUUUCCUGCAACAAAUGUCUUCGGGAAGUUUGCCAUUACUUGUUUUAGAACUUGUACAGUCACAAUCGUACAUAGAAUACCCUUACGACGAAUAUGGAGACACAGUUUUCUGGGAAAAACUGAAGGAAGUUUUGGCAUAGACGCCUUUAUACUUUAGUAUGCCAAAGGCCUACAAUUGAACGUUGUUUCAAAUUCAGUAAAUAAUGUUUCUUUCAACCUUGUUUCAGUAUUGCACAAAGAAGGAAGGAUCGGUUUCUUUAAAUCGAUGCUGAACCUCAACGUCGGGACAAUGAUUUCAGAUUUUCUUAUGUCAUCCUACUGUCAACUUUCCAUUGCAUAACAACAUUCUAUUAUCUAUAAUAUGGCGUUCUCUAGUCUGAUUUGAUAAGUUAUAUUUGAAAAGUAUGAUAGAGCUUGCGUAAAUUAUGGCAAACUCACGCAUACACGAUAUUCCAAUUUCGAUUUUAUGAGUGAACUGCCCUUGGUUGAUUUGGGUUGAUUUGGGGCAAAACGCAUUAUAAGAAAAUUAUAGCACCAAUUGGAAGAUCAUGUAUAGUCAUAUAACUAAAAUGUAUUCCAGGAAGGUUUGAGAAAGAAAGAUUGAUCGUAUCACCAGGAAAUCAAUGUGAGAAAAAAAUAUCGACAUUAUCACAUGAUAAGUACUACGGUGGCUUUAAAACAGUGAUCCUUUAAUUAUAUUGUUUCAGCUUCUCAGCUCAUUACUGAAACUUUUGAUAUCGCCAUAGAUUUCAUUUGUUCACGGGCAUUUGGACAUGACUACAAGUUCUCAUACGUUUUGGCGUGGAACUUUAAAAACAUUCUUAUUUCUUAAUCCUGACUUGUCAUUCGGUGUAUUUUCGCUCAUUUGCCUUAUCAUAUAU